AGUGGUGGAAAAGACAGCUGUUACAACAUGAUGCAGUGUGUCUCUAAUGGGCAUGAGAUUGUGGCACUGGCUAAUUUAAAGCCUCCUACUGGAUCAGAGAAAGACGAGUUGGAUAGUUUUAUGUAUCAAACAGUUGGUCACGAUGCUAUCGAUUUUUAUGCAGACUGUAUGCAGCUUCCUCUUUAUAGACGUGAGAUCACAGGCACAGCCAUAGCUCAGGGUGCAAAUUAUGAGGUUACGCCUCAAGACGAAACAGAAGAUCUUUAUGUUCUCUUGAAAGAAGUUCUCGAAAAACAUCCAGAUGUAAAGGGUGUCUCUGUUGGGGCAAUCCUAUCAAGCUAUCAGAAAGUUAGAGUGGAAAACGUUUGUGAUCGAUUAGGCCUGACAUCUUUUGCUUAUUUGUGGCAAAGAGAUCAGAAAGAGUUAUUAGCAGAAAUGGCAAGUUCAGGUGUAAAUGCUAUCUUGAUAAAGGUUGCUGCAAUGGGAUUAGGGCCAAAUGAUCUUGGUAAAACGAUUAGUGAAAUGUACCCUAAACUAGUUCAAUUGAAUGAACAAUAUGAAUCACAUAUCUGUGGUGAAGGCGGUGAAUACGAAACGUUCACUCUGGAUUGUCCGUUGUUUAAAAAGCGUAUUGUUGCGGAGGAAGUCGAAUACAUCACUCACUCAGAUGAUGCCUUUGCUCCAGUUGUAUAUCUAAAAUUCAAAAAGUGUCGACUAGAAAAUAAAUAA